UCACGGCUCCCUCAGCUUCCGCAGUGCUUGCCUUCAGUGGUCGCACUUGGAGGGUCCAGCCGCCCCGGUCAGAGGAGGAGCCACCGCCACCACCUGACCAUGGCCGAGGAUCUGGUUCUGAAGAAAUGUGACCUGGAGCUGGAGGUCAACGGCCAUGACCACCACACAGCUGACCUGUGCCGGGAGAGACUGGUGGUGAGGCGGGGCCAACCCUUCUGGCUGACCCUGUACUUCGAGGGCCGAAGCUAUGAGGCCAGCACAGACAGCCUCACCUUCAGUGUGGUGACCGGCCCAGCCCCCAGCGAGAAGGCCGGGACCAAGGCCCGCUUCCCGCUGUCCAGUGCCGUGGAGGAGGGUGCCUGGGCGGCCACCGUGCUGGACCAACAGGACGGCGUGGUCUCGCUGCAGCUCAGCACCCCGGCCAACGCCCCCAUCGGCCUGUACCGCCUCAGCCUGGAGGCCUCCACCGGCUACCAGGGCUCCAGCUUCGUGCUGGGCCACUUCACGCUCCUCUUCAACACCUGGUGCCCAGCGGAUGCUGUGUACCUGGACUCAGAGGAGGAGCGGCAGGAGUACGUGCUCACCCAGCAGGGCUUCAUCUACCAGGGCUCGGUCAAGUGCAUCAAGAGCAUACCUUGGAACUUUGGGCAGUUUGAAGACGGGAUCCUGAACAUUUGUUUGACGCUCCUGGACAUGAACCCCAAGUUCCUGAAGGAUGCCUGCCGUGACUGCUCCCGCCGCAGCAACCCUGUCUACCUGGGCCGGGUGGUGAGCGCCAUGGUCAACUGCAAUGAUGACCAGGGCGUGCUGCUGGGACGCUGGGACAACAACUAUGGGGAUGGCAUGAGCCCCAUGUCCUGGAUCGGCAGCGUGGACAUCCUGCGGCGCUGGCAGACCUCGGGCUGCCAGCGUGUCAAGUACGGCCAGUGCUGGGUCUUCGCUGCUGUGGCCUGCACAGUGCUGCGGUGCCUUGGCAUCCCCACCCGAGUGGUGACCAACUUUAACUCGGCCCAUGACCAGAACAGCAACCUGCUCAUUGAGUAUGUCUACAACAAAUUUGGGGAGAUCCAGAAGGACAAAAGCGAGAUGAUCUGGAACUACCACUGCUGGGCCGAGUCAUGGAUGAGCAGGCCGGACCUGCAGCCUGGCUACGAGGGGUGGCAGGCCCUCGACCCCACACCCCAGGAGAAGAGUGAAGGGACAUACUGCUGUGGCCCAGUUCCAGUUCGUGCCAUCAAGGAGGGUGACCUGAGCACCAAGUACGACGCUCCUUUUGUCUUUGCUGAGGUCAAUGCCGAUGUGGUGAACUGGAUCCUGCAGGACGAUGGGUCCCUGUGCAAGUCCACCAACUCCCAGACCGUGGGGAUGAAGAUCAGCACAAAGAGCGUGGGCCGUGAUGAGCGGGAGGAUAUCACCCACAACUACAAGUACCCGGAGGGGUCCCCGGAGGAGAGGGAAGCCUUCAAAAGGGCCAACCACCUGAACAAGCUGACUGAUAAAGUGGAGACGGGGGUGGCCAUGCGGAUCCGCGUGGGCCAGAGCAUGAACAUGGGCAGUGACUUUGACGUCUUCGCCUACAUCACCAACAACACAGCCAAGAGCCACACCUGCCGUCUCCUGCUGCACGCCCGCACCGUCAGCUACAACGGGGUCCUGGGGCCUGAGUGUGGCACCAAGGACCUGCUCAAUCUUUCCCUGGAGCCCUUGUCCGAGAAGAGCAUUCCACUUCGAAUCCUCUAUGAGAAGUACUGUGAGUGUCUGACCGAGUCAAACCUCAUCAAGGUGCAGGGCCUCCUCAUGGAGCCGGAUGCCAACAGGUACCUGUUGGCCGAGAGGGACAUCUAUCUGGAGAAUCCAGAAAUCAAGAUCCGGAUCCUGGGAGAGCCCAAGCAGAACCACAAGCUGGUGGCUGAGGCGUCCCUGCGGAACCCCCUCCCCACGCCCCUGUUAGGCUGCACCUUCACCAUGGAGGGGGCCGGCCUGAUGGAGAAGCAGAAGAUCAUGGACGUCCCGGACCCCGUGGCGGCGGGGGAGGAGGUCAAGGUGAGAGUGGAUCUGCUGCCAUGCCACGUGGGCCGCCAUAAGCUGGUGGUGAACUUCGAGAGUGACAAGCUGAAGGCCGUGAAAGGCUUCAGGAACAUCAUCAUUGGUCCCGCCUAAGGGCCAUGUGCCCAGCCCCGCCUCAGCCAGCUAAGAGCCCCUAACUUGACCCCAAUUUUUGUUCCAAGCUAAUGUACCAAUUACCCCCUCUUGGGCCCCAGACCUCAGAGCCUGUGGGGGUUCUUUGGAAUGGAAUGUAUUCCUGGCUUAUCUUGUGCCUCUGAGCUUGGAUCCCCAUCUCCCUUUAACUGUGAAGAAUGUUCUGUGCUUCCCCAUUAGGACCACUGCCCUUGGCUGACUGGGUCUGGGGUGGGGGAGGAGGGACCCAUGCCUCCCUUUACAACCCAGAUGCCACUGGAAACCGCUGACCACCCACCAUAUUGUUUGGUUUACUCCAGAGCCCUUUGGAACCAGCAAAGGGAGACAGUGUGCCCAUUGACCAGAUCCCAGGCAAUACACAGGCCCCAGGAGCCCUUGGGAGAACCAGAGCAGGUGCAGGUGGAGUCCCAGGAAAGGCCAGACCCGAGGUCCCCUCACAUCCCAGCAGCCCUGGCCCAACCUUCCCCACCACCACCAUUGUGAGGCACCUACAAUGUGCCGGGCACUUCCUGU